AUAUCUGUUUUCUCUCCACCCCAAUUUGGGAGUGGGUGUCAAGUUCCCAGUGAGAACAGGGCGGGGCCGGGCAGGGGUGGCCAGGCCUGAAGGACGCGGGGACAUGGGCCAGAGUGGCCAGACCCAUACACCGACAGAAGCAAACCUGAGCUGUUCUGACUAACCCCCAGGAUGGCGGAAGCACAUCAGGCAGUAGCUUUCCAGUUCACUGUGACCCCGGACGGGGUCGACUUCCGGCUCAGUCGGGAGGCUGUGAGACACAUCUACCUGUCUGGAAUCAAUUCCUGGAAGAAACGCCUUAUUCGAAUCAAGAAUGGCAUCCUUAGGGGUGUGUACCCUGGCAGCCCCACCAGCUGGUUGGUUGUUGUCAUGGCAACAGUUGGGUCUAACUACUGCAAGGUGGAUAUCUCCAUGGGGCUGGUCCGCUGCAUCCAGAGAUACCUCCCUGAAAGGUAUGGCCACUAUGGGACCCCACAGACGAAGACACUUCUCAGCAUGGUCAUCUUCUCCACCGGAGUCUGGGCGACAGGCAUUUUCUUAUUCCGACAAACGCUGAAGCUGCUGCUCUCCUACCACGGAUGGAUGUUUGAGAUGCACACCAAGACCAGCCAUGCUACCAAGAUCUGGGCUAUCUGUGUUCGCCUCCUGUCCAGCAGGCGACCUAUGCUCUACAGCUUCCAGACAUCUCUGCCUAAGCUUCCUGUUCCCAGUGUGCCAGCCACUAUUCACCGGUACCUGGAUUCUGUGCGGCCCUUGUUGGAUGAUGACGAAUAUUAUCGCAUGGAGACACUGGCCAAAGAAUUCCAGGACAAGACAGCCCCCAGACUGCAGAAAUACCUAGUUCUCAAGUCAUGGUGGGCGACUAACUACGUGAGUGACUGGUGGGAAGAGUACGUCUACCUCCGAGGCAGGAGCCCCCUCAUGGUCAACAGCAACUAUUAUGCCAUGGACUUUGUGCUUAUCAAGAACACAAAUGUGCAAGCAGCACGCCUGGGAAAUGCUGUCCAUGCUAUGAUCAUGUAUCGCCGCAAACUGGACCGUGAAGAGAUCAAGCCUGUGAUGGCACUGGGCAUGGUGCCCAUGUGCUCCUACCAGAUGGAGAGGAUGUUUAACACUACGCGUAUCCCAGGCAAAGAGACAGAUGUGCUGCAGCAUCUCUCAGAGAGCAGGCACGUGGCCGUCUACCACAAAGGUCGCUUCUUCAAGGUGUGGCUCUAUGAGGGCUCUCGCCUGCUCAAGCCCCGAGACCUGGAGAUGCAGUUCCAGAGAAUCCUGGAUGACCCUUCCCUGCCUCAGCCUGGGGAGGAGAAGCUGGCAGCGCUCACCGCAGGAGGAAGGGUAGAGUGGGCAGAGGCACGCCAGAGCUUCUUUAGCUCUGGUAAGAACAAGAUUGCUCUGGAUGCCAUCGAGCGUGCUGCAUUCUUUGUGGCCCUGGAUGAAGAGUCCCACUGUUACAACCCUGACGACGAGGCCAGUCUUAGCCUCUGUGGCAAGGCCUUGCUGCAUGGCAACUGCCACAACAGGUGGUUCGACAAAUCUUUCACUCUUAUUUCCUUCAAGAACGGUCUGUUGGGCCUCAACACAGAACAUUCAUGGGCCGAUGCCCCCAUCAUUGGACACCUCUGGGAGUUUGUCCUGGGCACUGACACCUUUCACCUGGGCUACACGGAGACUGGACACUGCGUGGGUGAGCCAAACAAGACGUUGGCUCCUCCUCAGCGACUGCAGUGGGACAUUCCUGAGCAGUGUCGGGCAGCCAUCGAGAAUUCGUACCAGGUAGCCAAGGCACUGGCCGACGAUGUGGAGUUAUACUGCUUCCAAUUCUUACCGUUUGGCAAAGGCCUCAUCAAGAAGUGCCGCACCAGCCCUGAUGCCUUCGUGCAGAUUGCUCUGCAGCUGGCUCACUUCCGGGACAAAGGCAAGUUCUGCCUGACUUAUGAGGCCUCAAUGACAAGAAUGUUCCGAGAGGGGCGGACUGAGACAGUGCGGUCCUGUACCAGUGAGUCCACAGCGUUUGUGAAGGCCAUGAUGAAGGGGUCCCAUACGAAAGAAGACCUCCAAAAUCUCUUCCGGAAAGCUUCCGAAAAACACCAAAACAUGUACCGCCUCGCCAUGACAGGGGCUGGGAUCGACAGGCACCUCUUCUGUCUUUAUGUUGUCUCUAAGUACUUAGGAGUCAGCUCUCCUUUCCUGGCUGAGGUCCUUUCAGAACCCUGGAGCCUCUCCACCAGCCAGAUUCCUCAGUACCAGAUCCGCAUGUUUGACCCAAAUCAGUACCCCAACCAUCUGGGUGCUGGAGGUGGCUUUGGCCCUGUGGCAGAUCAUGGCUAUGGGGUUUCGUACAUGAUCGCAGGAGAAAAUACUAUGUUCUUCCAUGUUUCCAGCAAGUUCUCAAGUUCAGAGACGAACGCCCAGCGCUUUGGGAACCACAUCCGCCAAGCACUGUUGGACAUCGCUGAUCUUUUCAAAGUUUCCAAGCCUGACAGCUGAGGACAAGAGAAAUACCAGCUGCCCUUUUGUCCCCACCUGCUGGAGGAAGAGACCUGUGGCCAGUUCACAGGCAUAAGGGGUGGCAGGCACACAUGCCCAGUUCUGAGCCAGCUCUGGCGGCAAGUGCUCCCAGGCAGAUACUGCUCCUUGAGGGCCCAGUUGGAGGUGGGAUUGGAGCAGCGAGGGGAUUUUGAUUUUGAGAUUUUUUUUUUUUUUUUUUUUUUUGUCUUGGUAGAUGCUAAUAAAAAAUAAGGCUGUAUAAUUUCUCUCUCAGCCCUUAGGUGCCUAUGUUUUGUUAGAGAACUAUAAAGCCCUCUUUGUGCCCCAGUUCAUGCUAGAAUGGUGGCAGGGGAGUGUUCCUGAGGGUUCUUACCUGCUUUGAAAUAUGUGCCUUCCCUGAAUGAUGCUGGCCUUGAGAGCGCUGUCCACCCUCUCAGGUGCACUUGGAAUAAA